CCACAUUGUUUUUCAAUGAUGAGAACUGGGAUUUAGAGUUAAAGGUUUCGGAUAAGUAGUUCUUAACCUUUAAGAUGCAUUAGAAUUACUUAAUUAAGACCUUUUUUUCUGGAGCUACCCGGAGAUUCCCGUUCAGCUAGUGUGGUAUGAUGCUUAAGUAUGGAUCUUUUUUCAAAUUUCCCUAAGCGUUUGAAUUGAUAAAAUUACUUUGAAAAACUGUUUGGCAGUAUAUUAGUUUCUUGUUGCCGCUGUAAUAAAUUAUCACAAACUUUGUGGCUGAAACAAAUAUUUAUUAUCUUACAUUUUUGGAGGUCUCAGCGGUGUUGGCAGCGCUAUGUUCCUUCUGGAGAGGGGAGAAUCCAUUUCCUUGCCUUUUCCAAUGUCUAGAAGAUGCCGAUAUUCUUGGCUCACAGCCUCCUUCUUCCAUCUUUGAAGCCAGGGUCAUGACGUCUGCCCAGUCUUACUUGGGUUAUCAUUUCUCUUGUUCUCUUCCUCCUGCCUUCCUCUGCUACUUUUAAAGAACCUUGUGAUUACACCAGGCCCACCUGGAUGAUCCAGAAUAAUCUCCCUAUUUUAAGGUCAGCUGAUUAGCAAUCUUAAUUCUCUUUUGCCCUGAAGCCUAAUAUACAUACAGGUUCCAUCAGGGCAUGGACAUCUUGGGGGAGCCAUUAUUCUGCCUAUCUGCCUACCACAGUUCAUAGCUACUAAAUUUGAACACAUGCAUGACUUAUGAACUGGCAAUUCCAUUCCCUACAAUAUAUACCUACCAGAAUGUAUAUACAUAUUCUACCUAAGGACACAAAAUUACUUAUCACAGCAUUGUUCAUAACUGCCCCAAACUGGAAACUACUCAAAUGGCCAAAAGUAGAUUAAGUAUGACAACCAGAUCCACUAGUUAAGCAAUCGUAUCUCCUUCAGGUGUGGGACAAGGAGAGUAAACUGGAACGCUGAAUUUUCUCAGGGGCCAAACUAGAAAGUGACUCUAGGUCCAAGACUGGGGAGACGGCAAUUAGAGAAGAGCAUGAGUUUGAGUAAAAAUGGCAAAUUUAUGGGGCUCAACUUAGCACGUGGUAAGACAACACAGUGGGAAAAAGCAAUGCCUAUAAGGAGACUUUAGUUCUUGUUGAAUAUCUGUCACUAACCAGCCGUGUAACCCUUGGUGAAGUCCUGGGUUGAAUUCAAAUUUUCUUUAUCUCAAAAUUACAGAGGAAAUGUGGCCUGGACUUCUGCCUUCUGACUCUGGGGUUCCAGGCAGCCCCAGCUACCCUGACAGAAACGUUUUUGGGUCAGAUUAAUGGAGCCUGUAGCCACAGGACAGGAGUCAGCAGGCGCAGCCACUAGGCACUUUCUGCCAGGGGAUCGUUUUCUCAGCUGCAAAGCGCCUGUCCCUAGGCGCGAAAGGAUGAGAUCAAUCUCCUCCCUCCCCACCUAACAGACUCUGCCCUUCCCCCACGCGCGUCCCUUCCGCAAAGAGGGACCAUUAGGACCUGCACACCCUCCUCUGACGCCUCGCCUGCGGUCUAAAACACCCUAGAGACACAUGGAGCUGCUUCUACGGAGACCGCCUUCCUGUGUGGGACUCCUAUUCAGGACUUCACUGCGCACGCAGCUAAUACUGAGAAGCGACUCCCUCCACCGAAGUGCGCGCAGGACAGACCAGAACCCCUGUUCACCGACAGCUCAGCGGGGCCGCGUUUCUGCGCCUGCGCACCGCCUAACGUGGCUGCGCGUGCGCGGCCCUGCGGGAAAGAGACCCGGAGACUCUCAACUGCGGGGGCGGGGGCGCUGUGCGUCGCUGCAGGCGGAAGCUGGCGAAGAAAACGCCGAGGAACUGGGUUUGGAUGGCUGGCGGAGCUGAUUGGCUGGUGGAACAGUCCAGAUCGCGCCUUCCUGUGGGGUGGGGCACCCGUGAGGAGGCGUCGAGCCGCUACUGCAGGCCCUCGCUGGCGGGGCAGGGGGCGGGGCCGGAAGGGGCGGUCUCGCGGGAACGGUUUCGCGGGCGCGGGAGGCAGGCGCGUUUCUGGGACCCGCCCGGUGGAGGGCGCGCGUCGCCGGGGCUGAGGGCGCGGCGCUCCCGCGCGCAGUUCAGGCCUGACUCCCGCGCGGGGACUUGGUGGGCGCCGGGCGGCCUGCAGAGGUUAAACCUGCAGCGCGUGGGGCGGCUUCCGGCAUUCUCGACCGGCGCCGUCAGGCUGGUGUCGGGGACCCCACCCCGAUUCCGAGCCGGAGGGUCUGAGUGGCGCCCGUAACUGGUUUCAAAACCUCAGGUGACCCUGAUGCUCGGCCAGGGUUGAAGCCCAGCCCGCCGAGGUGGGGCGCCGCGUGGCUCCCCCAGAGCCCGGGGUAACCCCGGGGUCGGCCAGUGCGGGCAGGGAAGGGUCGUCGGCCCUGCAAGUCGUUGUGGGGUCCCGCACGCAGAUGUGGGGUUGGAGAGCGGACGCGGGCCUGACAUGCACGAGAUGCCAGGUGUCCGACGAGGGCGGACAGUGCUCCCCUGGGCGUCCGCUCUGGAGGAGAAGUGAGACGGGGGGCAUUUGCUGGGGGGGCAGGACCGGAGGAUGGAGGCUGCUGGGACGCUUGUGAGAAGUGGUCCUGCCGGUUUCCGAGUCGGAUGAGUUUGCUUUCUCUUCUGAGAACCUAGCUGGUUCUUAACACGCACGGAUUACGCUACUGUUCUGAAAAUAAGUUGUUCAAGUCACUUUGGACUUGACCAAACAUCUGGGUUCUUUUGUAAACGGUUUUUUAGGAUGGUCUUAUUGAUGGCAGAGUUCAUGUAUUGAACUUGAUUCAUUUUUUAUUUUUGGGUUUUGGGAGAUGGCUUUUACCUUAUUUCUAAAUUCUGAUGAUAUUUUACAGGAGCCUCAUAUAUGGAAUUAGAGACUUUUUUAUUAAUAGUUUUACUGAGAUGUAAUUUAUAUACCACAGAAUUUACCUGUUUUAAGUGUACAAUUCAGUGAUUUUUAACUCAUUGACAGAGUUGUGCAAACAUCACCUUAAUGGAAUUGAGAUUCUUUGGUGACUUCUUUUUCCUGGUAAUAGCCUUUAUUCUCAAGUUUUGCACAAGUGGACAUUUUAGAGAUGCAAUGUAACAUAAGGGCCUUUGAAAAUGUACACCCAAAUUGUGUUAUACAUGAGCAGGUGAAGUUAAGAGAGUUGAAGCAGAUGUUCCUCGAAGUUUCAGGUAGUGAGACUUUUGUGUAUUGCAAUACCAAAUAGAUAUUGAUCAUUUCAACUGUCUUGUUUGCCGAGGAGUAUGGCAUAAACUCCAUUUUCCAGAUGAGGAAAUCGACUUUGAAGGAUAAAUUGCCUAAAAGCUUCAUGGCUGUGCCUAGGCUGGGCCCCAACCCUGGAUGCUUUGUCUGAUACAUCUAGUUGAAAGAGAAAAGGCAGAACAAAAAGAAAUAUUUCUAGACCUGUUGGCAGAUGCCAACAGGUUCACCCUCUAUAUGAACUGAAAGAAAAAGAAGAUGCUGUGAACAUUUUCAGAUGAAGUUUUACUUGACUGAAGUCCAGAAACUGAACUUGCUUACUCAGAACCCAGAGUUUAAUAAAAGGACAAGAGAUCUUGGAUGAUGUGAGUCUUUUGGCUGAAGAAAGUGAGCUUUCCUUGGAGCUUUUUGGUCUGUGCCCAUUGGUGUUUCCAGAUUGAGUGACUCUCCUGUGCCCAGGUCCAGAUAUACUAGAGGCAAACAAAACCCCAGGAAACUCACCGCCCAAGAUUUGUUUGUUUGUUUGUCUUAUAAUUAGCAGGAAGAAUGAAGUGGAGAGUGAUGUCAGCAUCAUGGUGGAGUGAGCUGUUCCCUUGGUCUCUCCCUGCUAAGAUACAACAAAAAGGACAUUCAUUAACCAACAGAGGAUACCCACACAGAGCAAUAGGAUGUCUGAGAGAUCCAUGCAGCCGUAAGUCUGAAGUUUGGGGGUACUGCAUCGAUGGGAAGCAGUGGAAGGAGGCUCAGUUACUGAAUUCUGGAAAAGACUUCCAAGUACCAUCAUUUCAACACCUGCUACCAAUACAGUUUGCUCUUUUGGAGUAUGCCCUGGUGCCAGUUGUAUGACUCAAUAACUCUUUCUUUUCACAUGGGGUUUUCUGUCCUGAGGCUUCAUGCUAUGACUAUAUUUAUAUUUCAAAAGAAGGGAAAUAGAUGUUUCAUAUUAAAUUCCAAAUGGGAAGUUUAAUGUGUGCGUUGGCAUAUUUAGGAUAAGGAUGAAGCUAUCCUGGCCAAAAAAUUUGAGAAAGACAACACUUUUCACUCUGAAGGACCAAAAGAUGGGUAGAAAAUUUGGGAUAAAUGUGAACAAGAUUUGAUCCAUAAGGAAAAACAAAUAGUUAGACCUCCAUAUUCAUUCAGCUGGGAAACUAAAACUGUGCAAUCCCACUAUCAGAAAUUCCUCAGUCAGCUCGCUACUCUUCUGAGCAACAGUGUCAUCCCCAUACCAACCGCAGAGAAAGCUGUGAAAGAGAGAAUUCAGGAAACCGGUGCAAAUGAGCAAUCUUGGAAGUCUAGAAUGGAAAGUCUUCAGUGGGAAAUUCAGAUGCUCACUCAGCAAAUGGAGCAGCUGUACCAUCCUUAUGAAGAAAAUGUUUGUGAAUCAUCCCAAGAUGAAGAAACUAUAGGGAACAAAGAAGACUCUUGAAAUAUCCGGAAGGAAAAAUUGCUUUCAGUGGAAAGAAGGAAGGAGUACGUGAGUACUGGCUACCUGGAGAGACACCCAGGAGAGGGAACAGGCAAUCUGAGACUGUCAAAGAUAAACAUCUUGUCCUCCACAGUGCUUCACUGGGUGGAUCUGGUCAGCUACACACCCUCCUGUCCAAACUCACUUCUCUGCCUCAAGGAUCACGAAACUCUCCCUUACAACUUGAGAGAAUCUAGGAGUCUCGGCUUUAAUGAAAAAUCGGGAGGAGGGAUGUCUCCAGAGACUGGCCGUUUUGACAACCACUCCCUCGCUUCUGCUGCUAGGCCGCUGGAAGCGCCGAGGCUUCGAGAACCGCCUGUGGAAAUUUGCAGGGUGGAGAGGAGGCGCAGGAUCCCGGCCAGAGGGGGGCCAUCCUGGGCUGCGACUGGCAUCUCAUGCUGCGGGUGAGGGCCGGCGAUCUGGGUCCGGGCUGCGCGAGGCGCGCUCUCUCUCCGUGGCUGGUGGCCGCGGGCCGGGUGCGGGGAACAGAACUACCCCAGGAAAAGCACGUGUGCCUUUUAGAGAUUGCUAGGCCAGUGUUUACCUGCAAGCCAUUAUACCUGCCCAUGAGACUUUGAGAACAUUAUAAUGUCCCUUUGUGCCUCUUCUCACAAGGAGUUUUCUCAACUUGUCUUACCUAGUCAAGACAUGGAUAUCAAAAACUCACCAUCUAGCCUUAACUCUCCUGCCUCCUACAACUGCAGUCAGUCCAUCCUACCCCUGGAGCACCGCCCCAUCUGUAUACCUUCUUCCUAUGUAGAGAGCCACCAUGAAUAUUCGGCUAUGACAUUCUACAGCCCUGCUGUGAUGAAUUACAGUAUUCCCAGCAGUGCCAAUAGCUCCGAAGGUGGGCCUGGUCAACAGACCACAAGCCCAAAUGUGUUGUGGCCAACUCCUGGACACCUCUCUCCUGUGGCGAUCCGUCACCCAUCGUCACUUCUGUAUACAGAAACUCAGAAGAGUCCUUGGUGUGAAGCAAGAUCACUAGAACAUGCCUUAUCUGUAAACAGAGAGUCCCUGAAAAGGAAGGUUAGUGGGAGCAGUUGUGCCAGCCCUGUUACUAGUCCAAGUUCAAAGAGGGAUGCCCACUUCUGUGCUGUCUGCAGUGAUUACGCAUCGGGAUAUCACUAUGGAGUCUGGUCAUGCGAAGGAUGUAAGGCCUUUUUUAAAAGAAGCAUUCAAGGACAUAAUGAUUAUAUUUGUCCAGCCACAAAUCAGUGCACAAUAGAUAAGCACCGGCGCAAAAGCUGCCAGGCCUGCCGGCUUCGGAAGUGCCAUGAAGUCGGAAUGGUCAAGUGUGGCUCCCGGAGAGAAAGGUGUGGGUACCGCGUAGUGCGGAGGCAGAGAAAUUCCAGUGAGCAGCUGCACUGCCUGAGCAAAGCCAAGAAAAGCUGUGGACACGUGAGCCGAGUGAAGGAGCUGCUGCUGAGCACCCUGAGCCCCGAGCAGCUGGUGCUCACGCUCCUCGAGGCGGAGCCGCCCAACGUGCUCGUGAGCCGCCCCAGCACGCCCUUCACCGAGUCCUCCAUGAUGAUGUCCCUGACCAAGCUGGCCGACAUGGAGCUGGUGCACAUGAUCGGCUGGGCCAAGAAAAUUCCGGGCUUUGUGGAGCUCAGCCUGUUCGACCAAGUGCGGCUCUUGGAGAGCUGCUGGCUGGAGGUGCUGAUGGUGGGCCUGAUAUGGCGCUCAAUCGACCACCCCGGCAAGCUCAUCUUUGCUCCAGACCUCGUUCUGGACAGGGAAGAGGGAAAAUGCGUAGAAGGAAUUCUGGAAAUCUUUGACAUGCUCCUGGCAACGACUUCAAGGUUUCGAGAGUUAAAACUCCAACACAAAGAGUAUCUCUGUGUCAAGGCCAUGAUCCUCCUCAACUCCAGUAUGUACCCUGUAGCUGCAGCCCCUCAGGAGGCCGAGAGCAGCCGGAAGCUGACUCACAUCCUGAAUGCUGUGACCGACGCUCUGGUCUGGGUGAUCUCCAGGAGCGGCAUCCCCCCCCAGCAGCAGUCCAUGCGCCUGGCCAACCUCCUGAUGCUCCUUUCUCACGUCAGGCACGCCAGUAACAAGGGCAUGGAACACCUGCUCAACAUGAAGUGCAAAAAUGUGGUCCCAGUCUACGACCUGCUGCUGGAGAUGCUGAAUGCCCACACGCUUCACGGGUUCAAGUCCUCAGUCAGAGGAUUGGAGUGCAGCCUAGCAGAGGAGAGUGAGAGCAAAGACGGCUCCCAGAACCCGCAGUCCCAGUGAAGCCCAGCUCUGAGAGGACAGGCCGCAGAGGUCAGAGGCUGAAGCAUGAACUCCAGCACAAAUCGUGAGCCCCAUCGGGAGUGGGCGGGCUUCAUCGUCUUUCUACUGUGUGGUCCCUCAUUUGCUCAUGGCAAGCUUGUCUUGUACCAUCCUUUCCCCAACCUCCCCACUUCCCGGGCAUCAGGGUGAGAAAACCACAGUUUUGCUUGUUAUCAGGGGGUACAUUUGAAUGCAGAGUUUACAUCUUGCUCAGCCUUAUGGGAUCUCAACGUGGUCCCAUUCUUACUUUCCAUCUCCCUUCCAUCCCUUUGGAAGACAUCUUAAAGGUUGUGGAAUGAGUGGUGGAAAUCUGACUUGGAAGGGCUAUAAAAUAGGAAGGGGAGAGAAUGUGGUACCCUGACAGGAAGUGGGCUAACCUUUGGUGUGCAACCCGAGCUGUCCUUAGAUUGGAACUUUGUAUGCUCUCUUCUGGACCACUCGAUUGUAGGAUUGCAAACUGUGAUGACAAUCAAUUAACUAGUUUCACAUACCUACCUCGAGGGCCUGUGAGGACUGAAGUCACGUAUUGCUAUUACUCUGUUGAAGGCCAGAGGGAAUGUGAUCUAGGGAGCCAGUGGUCAAGCUAGGGUGCAAGCCAUGUUCUUCCCCCAAGACCUUGCUGCCAUCUUCACACAGAUCCAUCACUCGAUUUGCAUCCACAGAGCCUGCGAAUUAUUUGGGGGGCAGGGGGUGGCGUGUAUGAUCACGGUCAUGGAGGAGUGUGAUUUAACUCUCCUGCCCGCCCCCCCCCACCUUAGAACUCUGUUGUCCCAAGGGGCCUGGCGCGUGCUUGAGAAAUGUCCAGUGUUUAUGGGAAUGGGGCUGUUUCCUGUGGGACGGAGGUCACAGCCACAACACUUCCCUGGGGCAGCCACAACUGCCACAUCAGCCAUCCAGAGGAGACAGGGACACUUCAGGCUGUGUGUGUGCAAGGCACACUGUUCCCUGGAAGGGUGAAGGGCUAUACACGUGCCAGCGGGUCAGGUUCAGGGCUAAACUGUGUAGAUUUGAUGAGCACAUCACUCGAACAAGACCUGGUUUGUGAAUUCUACUUAAAAAAGAGAAAUAUUGAGGGUAAUUAUUUAUAGUAAGAAAGAAUUCUUUAUACCCUAGAGGUCUUUUAAAAUAUUUUCUUAUCAGAAUAUUUAUGUGGUGGGUUGGGUGAGAUAGAAACUUAGUAGGAGAUUCUUAUUCCAGAUGGAACAUAAAUAGGACAUGAUGAUAAAGCACCUCUGAAAUUACAAUUUUAACCUUUUAAAAAUUGAAAUUUUUGUACAAAUUUUCAGGAACAUAGUGAAUGCAUAAGAUGAGUUACAUCUAUCUUUGGGAAAUGAGCAACUAAAUAAGCAUGUUCCAUUUUUUUGAUCAUGUUUUAAAAAAUUACCUUGUAAUAGGCGAUUAAAACACAUUUUCUGUUUGAAAAUAGGUUUACUUUGGUUAGCGCAUUCUGUAUCUACUAAGUCAUUAGGAAGAUUACAUUCAAUGAGAUAAAGCUUGGUUUCUGCUAGUGAGACCUUGUAUAAUUCUUAAUUUUGAUAUUGGUGCAGUGUUACUAAAAGUUGAACAAAGCUGUUUCAGAAACACUUGGACGUAAACCUAGAGAACACACCAUUGUCUGUGUUCUGAGGUGGUUUGAAAUUAUUCUUAGUGACUCAGUGUUUCAGCCUUGGUGAGAUUCAGUACAGAAAACAUGAGCUUGAUUUUAUAGGCAUCGGGGAACCGUGUUAUCCAGAAGGUCAAUUUUCUUUCUUUCGGGCCAGCUUAGAAUCCCCCACGACAAACAGAAGGAAUGCGAGGCUAGAGAGUGGGAAGUGGGAGGCAGAGAAGGCAGCCUUCAACAAUUAUUUGCUGAUGAAAUUCUAUUAAUUGUAUUUAUUAAGAAGAAUACUAGGUUGAGAAAAAACAAAAAUAAAAAAACAAAGAACAAAAAAACCCAGAAUGAGGUCCAAGCCACUGCCACAUUAGUAUGUAGUAGAGUGAAGUUUAGGUUCACUAAACUCGAUUUUGGAUUUUGAUGCCCAAAGUAGGCACCAGAUUGGAUGCAGGCGUCCAGGCACCCUUUUGUGCCAAAUCCUGUGUGUGCUCUUAUGAAAGCACUAGUGCCCAUUACUCCUUUUUCACAGAUUUUCCUGCCUGCUUCUUGAGGCUGCUUGUGUUACUGCUUGUGAAUUUAGCCCAUGAGGAGGAUGCUACCCUUUUGGUAAUUUCUUCCUGGCUCAGGUCUCACCUGCCUGUGUGCUUGGGGAUGCAGGUUAAUUAGGUCAACCCCAGAGGCCUCUUUGGUGCAGGGCUGUUUCUUAGACUGGGGUCUGGGCCAAGGAGUAGUUGAGACAACAUGGUUUAUAGUUUAAAGGUCUUCUCUUGUUUUGAAUAUUCUUAGGUACUUUCCCCCUUUCAGGUGAAGUGUUUUGAAUCUCUCUGCCCCCCUGCUCCAACCAUGUCCUCCAAGGAUGACACCAGUGUGCAAAGUCAGGCUGCCAUUUUUAUGUGUUUUCCUUAAACCCUCAAUGUCCAUUUUAAAGAUUAGCCGUUUCUCUUUAAUAGUGCUUUCUUUUAAAUGUCUUCUUUUGGGAGGGUAUCCACCCCCCAAAGUGGUCCAUGGGCAACUUUAAAUUCUCCUGUAGCUAGGCAAGAUUUCAGUGUUUUCAAGUUCAGUUUUGAAAAGGAAUUAACUAGGGGGAAUAGGACCUGACAACUCUAAACAGAAAUUAAACUGAGUAUUGAAAAAAGAAAAACCUACCCAACUGCAUUGCAUGUAUUAUGGAACGCGAUCCUCAGCUUUGCCUCAGCCUCCUUUCCUACAUUUUGAUUUGUAAGUGAUCAUUUGAUAAGAGAAAUCUGUUUGUGGGAGAGGAGUGAGAUUUGGGCUUAAUUCCAAACACGUGAGUGUCUAAUAUGGGGUCAUAUAGACAAAUUUUAAUUAAAAAAUUAACAUGGAAUAUUCUUAAUACAGAGAACACGAGAACAGAGUGUUCCCUCAGGUUCUUGGGAGACAACUGUCAGUUCCUAGAAGGACCUGUGAGGGCGACGUGGGGGAGGCAGCACAGGGCGUUUCCACACGUCGUUCUAACUCCCGCUGCCCUCACGUGCCCCCCGUCUGGCCUCAGGUCUGUCACAUGCCCACUGUCCACCAGGACUAACUACAGAAGAUUCAACCCUAAAAUAAUUCUGGAUUUUUCUGGAAAAAUUGAGGUGGAAACAGAAGAUUAAGUUCUCAGCCUAAUAACAAACCUGGAGGGUCUUAACUGUAAUGAAAGAAAAACAAGGCAAAAUCAACAAAAGCUCCACAGUGAGCGUUUUUAUCUGGCUACUCCGCCUGCUAACUCAGCUGGAAGGGCAAUUAUUUUAGAUUUCAGGAAAAAAAAAUAAUCAGUUACCAAUUCUUGGCAGAGCUACGUUGUAUAUUCAUAUAUAUAUAAACUAAGUUGAAGCAAUUCUAGAAUUUUCUAGCAUGUGAAAACAGAGAGUUUGAUUGUUAUUUAAAUCUGCUAAGGGGCUUGCAUAUAUUGAUACCUUUUCAAAUUCAAGGUGAACCUUCAGUUUCUAGGUCUAUUUUGAAAUAAAACAUUUUUAUUUAAUAAGAUUUGACACAUUUCUUUAAGCUGCUAAAAAUCUUAAAAAAACCAAUAAAGGUUAUGUGAAGGAAAUGAUAAAAAUACAUUGUUUAGUACCUAAAAAUAAUAUUGUGGAACACUUACUACAUGCCAGCCAUGGUUCUCAGUGCCUCAUAUAUUCACAUGUAAUCCUCAUAAUAAUUACUGUCAGCCUGUUUUUCUGGCUGUGGAAAUCAGAAUAAGCAACUCGUCCCAGCUUUCUCAGGGAGUAAGUGACAGACACUGGUAGUCCAAGUCCAGGGCUAGAGGCAAUCAUGCAGUUUAGUUAAAAAAAAACAAAAGAAUAUUUUUUAGACCACAGAAUCCAUUCAUCAAAUGUAAUCUGACACGUAUGGCUGCUGUGGUCUAGCCGGGGCCCGCUGUGGCACUCUCACCCUCUCAAGUUCCAGAACACCCCUGUAGACAGAGAAGUUUAGUCCCAUCUUUUAACAUGUGUACAAUAAAGCCCAGAGGGGCAAACUGACCACUCAAGGUCAUAAAACUACUUACGGCAAAGCUUGGACCAGAAUUCAAGUCUUCUGCCUACGUAGCCAGCACUGUUCCUGCCGCAGGCCUUGCUUCUGUCAGUCUGCUGCUGGAGCCGAAUCUCUGCGUGACGGAGAUGGUUAUGGUCGCCCUACGCUACCUGUAGCUCCUUCCUUCUCAGCUUAGAUGGCAUCUGCAUGAACCUUCACAGAACAGCGGCAAUGACAGAUGGAAAAAAUAGGAUGAAUUAUUUUAUUCCUGCCUUCCCGUCCUGGGCUCAUAGCUGGUGGGUAGUAUUGCUGUCACCUCCUUACUACUGUUGCUUCCCCAGAGGCAGUGCCGUGCAGUACGCUCCUUGGAAAUUUACCAGUGUAAAAUGCUCACACCUUUUAGGCACUGAUGCUUCCCUGUGGACUCUGGUAUACUGUAGUGUGAAACACGUGCCAUUUAUUCUGUACAGCUCUCAGAGUUGCUGGAACCUUGGCUCCAGUGGGCAGCUCUAAGACGUGCCCUGUCUCGGCCAUGUACGAUCCUCUUAUAACUCUUUUUGUUGCUUUGGAGUCAAGGAUCCUUUUUUUUUGAAUUCCAAGGGUCCUCUUCACUUGUGGGGCUGGUCACUGUUACGUGAUGGUGGGUUUCCUUUACAGGAAGGGCAGAGGUUUGACGAUACCAGCCCAGACCAGCUCCCGUUGAUUGCAUAAGCUAUGCUGCUGCAUUUGCUUUUCUGUGUUGGGUGUCUAAAUGCUGUGACUGUUGGUCAGAGAACUUCAGUGGUCUGGUGUACCUCAGUGCCUGCUGGCUGGCUAUCGUGUCAUUUUUUUAGAUGAAUGCCUUGUACCAUUAAGCAGACUUUUAAAUUUGGGCCUUUUUACAAAUGAAUGUUUGCUGUUGUGGGAAAGCAAAUUGUGAGAUCUGCUUUCCAUUCCUCCAGGUACUACUUUUCCUUUGCCGUGUCUUUUAAUGUCUGUGGAACUGUUGCAAAAAGAAGUUUAAUGUGACAUAAGCUAAAUAAAGUGUUUUUGUAA